UUAAGACUGAAGUAGUGAAGUUUCGGGUCAGUCUGCCAGUGUCUCUCAACGGGGCCGGUCGCGUCGACGGUACGAAUUAUUUCACAACAACCGAUUUAACUGCUGUAGUGGCAUGAAUUGGGUAACCUUAUCCCCAAGCAAUCCAACAACACAGUUUUAAAACUGAAUAUGUAUUGAAGUGCUAGUGAUAAUGCUCUCGUUUGAUAAUAUGUGGUGUUCAGCCGAGGAGCUCCCGACUCUUAGGAAGUGUAAGACUGAUCGUUCCGAGCAUAGAUUUAGACGGAGGACGUCAAAGAGUCUGAUACCCCAGGCUUUACUUCACGCGCUGCCCGAGACUCAGAUCAGGCAGCGGCGACUGCGAUCAGGAACCUGGCCGAGAACGAGAUCUCUGAACGCACCUUCACCCAUACAACAGUUUGGACCAUGCGGCAGAAUAAUGAAGAACUCGGCCAUGGUUAUGCAGAUCCAAGACCCGGCUUCUCAGAGGCUGACCUGGUACAAACCGCCGUUAUCAGUUCUGGUUAUAAAGAAGUUACACGAUUCCAGUGUGCUGGUGCCAUUCGUUCAACUUGUGCAUUGGCUCGUGCAUGAGAAAAGUAUGGUUGUGUUCGUGGAGUCCGCGGUCCUCGAGGACACGCUGCUGAAGGAGUACGGGGACUUCACGUCCGUCCGCGACAGGCUGAUGACCUUCAGGGCCGGCACCGACGACCUCACCGAUAAGAUAGACUUCAUCAUCUGUCUCGGCGGUGACGGCACUCUAUUACACGCCAGCUCCUUGUUUCAGCAAUCUGUGCCACCGGUGAUGGCGUUCCACCUGGGAUCCCUGGGAUUCUUGACGCCAUUCGAAUUCAACAACUUCCAGGAGCAAGUGGAAAAUGUUUUAGAAGGUCAUGCAGCGUUGACUCUAAGGUCGCGUCUGCAGUGCGUGGUUCUGAGGAAGAUUCCAGAAGACGGCAAAGAGAAGAAAAAACCUACAACUAUAUUGGUUCUGAACGAAGUCGUCGUAGACAGAGGUCCCUCGCCCUACCUCUCAAACAUCGACCUGUUUUUGGAUGGAAAACACAUUACCUCUGUGCAGGGUGACGGUCUGAUAGUGUCUACGCCGACCGGAAGUACAGCGUACGCGGUCGCAGCUGGUGCUAGUAUGAUCCAUCCGUCGGUGCCAGCGAUCAUGGUCACACCGAUAUGUCCGCAUUCACUGUCCUUCAGACCCAUCGUCGUGCCGGCCGGGGUGGAGCUCAAGAUAAUGCUAAGCCUAGAGGCUCAUAAUUUGGCCAGCGUGUCGUUCGACGGCCGAUCACAGUUGAUACUCAGGCCCGGUGAUAGUAUGUAUGUGACGACGUCAGUGUAUCCUGUGCCGUCGAUCUGCGCCCAGGAUCAGAUAUCUGAUUGGUUCGACUCGUUGGCUGAAUGCCUUCACUGGAACGUCCGCAAGAAGCAGAAGCAAAUAGAUGAAUUGAGCGACCUGACGCAUUACUCCAACGAAACCCUGGAGGAGAUUGACAAUCAUGACGAGAGACCCGCUGACACGUGACGUCACAAACGUCCAUAGACUAAACAUAGACUAAAUUAAACAUAGUCUGUAAAACCAUAGACUAGAUUUUAUAAAACACAUUUUUCUAUGGAUACAUUUAGUAUCUUUGAAUUUUUGAAUAUGGAAUAUUGUUGUUCGGAAAUUGUUUUUGUCUCAAUGACAGAUAUGUGAUAGUCCUUUGAAUGUUCAAUAAAUUUAAAUACUUUUUUAUUAUAAGGAGUAUAGAAUAUCAAAAAUAUUAAUAUAAGGGGUUCAUUCAUUGUGUAUUUUUAUUUAUUGAAAUGUAUAUUCCGGUUUAUUCAAUGUAAUACAUUUUAAAGAAGGUGCAACAAUGUGGUGUACACCCCGAGGCAUUGAAAAUAUAUGUUGGUUAAACACAAAUCUGUUUCAUAAACAACUACUUCGUUUCAAAAGCUUUUUGUAACAUAGUAUAUAUAUAUAUUAGCCAAAAUACAUUUCCUACAACCAAAAUUAAAUCUCCAGUCUCUUAAAAUAAUUUUAUUUCUCUGUAUAAUCUAUGUUAAUUUUGAUGGAUGUGAAUUGAGUGUUGAAUAAGUUUGCAUUCUUUUAUAAAAAUCCUAAUAUUUAUUCUAAAUUUUUGGCUCUACUUAGUGACUUAAGUUUAGAACCUUUUUUAUAUUUGUGAUGCAAGGGUUGUCAGUAUAGACUGUUUUCAAAUUUAAGUACUUCAUUGAAGUCGCCCCGAAGAAAACUAGCUGUGUAUAAUAUAAAUAUAUUCACAGUGGAAAUGUUCACUAAAUCUUAAAGACGCAUUCUUAUAUAUAAUUUAUUAUAUGGGGUCCAAGUUCCAUUUCAUUGUUUGCCAAGUGUAAUGUAAGAGAUAUAUUUAGUAUGUUUGAAAUAUAUAAAUUUCAAACCACUUUGACAUUCCCUUUUAACAUCGAAAACACAGGUGCCAACCCUGAGCGGGUGUCAUCAAAUUUAACAUUGAGCUUCAAUCGAGGGAUAAAAUUAUAUACACCGAGGUGAUACAAGUAUUGACUAACGGUGAAUGUAAGUGUAUUGUUUUAUCUUGUAUAUAUCUGCAGAAUUUAAGCUAAUAUAUUUGAUGGUAUCUUGUCAUUAUGGUGCUCAAUAAAAAAUGCGCAAAAUAUUAAUUUAUAAUUUGAUUGCAAUAUUUUCAUUCAAAUCUAAAGAUAUUUAUUGCGAGACAUGUUGGUAUAAUUGUUUUAUGUGUAGUGUAAAUUGUAAAGUGUGACCUUAUAUAUAUAUGGAAUUGAAGAUUAAGUUAGUUUUAUUAAGAAAUAUACGGAUUCAAUUUUGUAA